AUGAUGAGCGGAAAUCAUGCUGACGUGGAGACUAAAGAGUUAGGCGAAGAGAAGCAAUCGAGGAAGGAGUUAGGGAGUAAAGGGCCGGAAAAAGGGGAUCAAGAAGCGGAGGAGAAGGCUGAGAAGGGAGGGAGGGAGAAAGGUGAUAAAGGGGAGGCGGUGAAAGGCGAUAAGGGGGAGGCAGUGAAAGGCGAUAAGGGGGAGACGUUGAAAGGUUAUAAGGGGUGGACGGUGAAAGGCGAUAAAGGGGAGACGAUGAAAGGCGAUAAAGGGGAGAUGAUGAAAGGUGGUAAGGGGGAGACGUUGAAAGGCGAUAAAGAGGAGGCGGUGAAAGGCGAUAAAGGGGAGACAAUGAAAGGUGAUAAAGGGGGGACGACGAAAGGCGAUAAGGGGGAGAGAGAGGACAAGGAUGGAAAGGGAAAGAACCCGAAGGGCGGGGGGAGAGGUGAAGAAGGGAAAGAGGGAGGGAAGCAAGGGAUGGAUGGGAAGGUGAUUGGUAUGGUGGGACUGGGAAAGACAACAAGCGAAGGCGCAAGGAAGGAGAAGGAGACGGGCGGAAAGAAGGGGAAAGGAGGGGAGGAGGAGGGGAAGGAGCGACGGGAUACGAAGGAAGGGAAGGCGGAGGGACAGAGGGAGGAGCGAGGGAAAGGAGGGGAGGAGGAGAAGGAGGGAAAGGAUGCGAGGGGAAAUGGGAAGGAGCGGGAGGAGGAUAGAGGGAAAGGGAAGGAGGAGAAGGAGAAAGGGGCGACGGUGGAGGCGGGGAAGGAGAAUGGCGGAAAGGACGGGAAGGAGAAGAAAGAGAAGAAGGAGAAGAGGGAGGAGGGGAAGGGAACGGGAGGGAAGGAGGAUCUGCAGAAGAAAGGAAGGGAGACGAGGGCUAAGAUCGAGGAGGGGGAUGAGAAGAGAAAAGGGCAUGAGGAAGAGGGGGGGGAGAAGAAAGAGAAGGGAGAGAAGAGCGAGGAGAGGGAAAAGGAGGAAGUGAAUCGUGGUGAGGUGAAGGGGGAGGGGAAACAGAAAGUGGGGAAUGAAGAGGAGAGGAAAGAGGAGAACGAAAGGAAAGAGGAGAUUGUGAGAAAAGAGGAGGAGGAGGGAGAGAUUGCUGCUGACGAGUGCAAAAAGGGGAAGGAGAAAGGAAGAGGCGUUGAAGCAGGGGAGGAAGGAGAGAUUCGGGAGGAAGAGACGAAGAAGAGUAAGGAGAAGGAGAAGGAUAAGAGGGAGGAGAAGAGGGAGGGGGGUGAACAAAAGAAGGAGAGGAGGAAAGAGAAGGAUGGAGAGCGGAAGGAGAAGAAGGACGAAAAGAGGAAGGAAGGAAAGGACAAGGAUGAGAAGAAGGAAGGGAAGGUGAAGGAUGAGAAGAAAGAAGAGAAGGGGAAGGAUGAGACAGGAGAGGUGAGCCGAGGCGAAGAGAGACCAGAGAAGAGGGAGAAGAGAGGAGAUGAAGAGGAGAGGAAGAAAGAGAGGAGAAAGAGGGAUGAAAAGGACGAGGAGAGGCGGAAAGAGAGGAAGAGAGAGAGGAGGGAGGAAAGGAGAGCAGAGGAGAAAGGAGAGGGGAAGAGUAAGGAGAGGAAGACCGAGGAAGGACAGGAUGUGAAGUCGAAAGAGAGGAAAGAGAAGAAGGAGAAGAGGGAAAAGGAAGAGAAGCGGGAGAAGAGGAGUGAGCAGCCUCUUUUGAGCCCGGGACACUCAGGAAAAGGAUCGGAGUCUAUAGCGAGUAUGGCCAGUCCAGGGGUGAAUAGUCUGGAGGAGGGAGAGAGGAGGAGGAGUGUGGAAGGGCGGGGGGAGAAGAGUGAGGAAGGGAAGGAGGCGAAGAGGAAGAGGGAGGAUAAGGAGAAGGAGGAGAAGGAGAGGAGGAGAGAGGGGAGGAAGGAGGGGAAGAAGGAGGGGAAGGAUGAGAAGGAUGAGGGUAGGAGGAGGGAGGAGAGGAAGGAGAGGAAGAGGAAGGAGAAGAGGGAGAGGAGGGAGGCGAGGAAAGGGGAAGGGAGGGAGGAGAAUAAGGGGAAGGGGAAGGGGGGUGAUGAUGAGAAAGGAGAUAGAGAAGAGGGAAGAGAAGAGGUGAGAGAGGAAAAGAACGUGGGGGAGAAGGAGGGGUUGAAGGAUAGUGACCAAGUGAAGGAGGAGAGGAGGGAGGGAGUGAGACAAGGGGAGCAACGAGGGACGGUGGAGAGCAGGGUGGAGAAAGCAGAGGGGAAAGGAGGGACGGGGGAGGGCAAGGAGGAGAAUGUAGGGGCGAAGGAGAAAGCAGAGGAGAAAGGAGGGAUGGGGAAGGGCAAGGAGGAGAAAGAAGAGGCGAAGGAGAAAGUAGAGGAGAAAUCAGAGAAGAAAGCAUGGAUGGGGGAAAUCACGGAGGAGAAAGAAGAGGAGAAAUCAGAGAAGAAAGCAUGGAUGGGGGAAAUCACGGAGGAGAAAGAAGAGGCGAAGGUGGGGCAGAAAAUCAAGGAAGUGGAAGGGAAUACAACGGGGAAAGCAGCGGAAACAGCAAAGGCGAAAGCAGAGGAGAUUGCAAAGGAGAAAGGAAAGGAGGAGGGUGGGGAGGAGGGGAAGGGGAUGCGUGAACAGGAAGGCGAGGUGACUUGCGAGUCGAAUCAAGAGGAAAAGGGGAAGCUUGGAAAGGAUAGGGAUGGUCGGGAGCAGGAGCAUGCUCAAUCCAAGGGAGGUGGGGCGACGUGGCCAAAGGAGAUAGCAGGAGCGAAAUCAGGGGUUGGGGAUGGGCAGAGACAGGAGCGUGCUGAACCAAAGGAGGAGAGCAAGGAGAAAAAGGAUGUUCAGAAGGAGUUGACGGGAGAAGCGGGCUUGGAUGGUGAGGGGCGGCAAUUGAGAGCUGAGCCUGAGCGUGUGCUUUCAAAGGGUGGUGAUAUGGACGAAGGGAUAAAGGGGUUGGCUGAUGUGACAGUAGCAGGGGAAAGAGAGCAGGUUAAGGAAGGGGAUAAGGGAGAGGGGGGAGAUGAGUUGGGAAGAGCACCUCCGUUCCUAGAGCCUCAGGACCUUCCUCUAGUCUCUCAACCCCUCCCCAUCGACUCGAGACAAAAUCUGCAAAAAUCUCCUUCUGUAGGGCUGCCUAAGAGUGCAUUCGAGUCAUCACAAGAAGAUUCUCGGAAGGAGCUGGCGCCGCGUGACCUGCCUCCCACUGUGCCACCUCCCUGCGUGGAUUCCCAAGCACUGCCUCUCAAGUCAACUAAAGAAGAUCCUUGCUUGGAGUCCCAGGGCUUCCGUUUUGGCUCGACUCAGGAACCUUCCCGGCAGGAGCUGGUCCCACAUGACGUCCCUCCCCCUGUGCUGCCGCCACGCCUGGACUCCUCGAGUGAGGAACCUUCCUGGAAGGAGUUGGCGCCGCCACGUGACAUUCUUCCCCCAGUGCUGCCGCCGCGUGUGCGUGUGUCGAUCACUCUCUCUCCGGAGGAGGUGGAGGCGGAUUUCAGAGCAAUCACGGGGCAACCCCCGCCCCAACUGCCUAUGAAGAAGAGAAGGUGGGCUCACGUGUUUCUAAAUUGUGUUUUGAGUCGGCUUAUAACACAGCGGCCGUGCGUGCGUGUGUCGAUCACUCUCACUCCGGAGGAGGUGGAGGAGGAUUUCAGGGCGAUCACGGGGCAACCCCCGCCCCAACUGCCUAUGAAGAAGAGAAGGAAACUGGAGGCGGCGAACGGGUGGGUCGGGGUAGCCCCUGCAGGCAUGGAUGAGCUUCUGCCUCUUGCAGCAGAACCUUCUGAACCUUCUGAGAAGCUUCCUCUCCCAAGCAGCAGCAACAGCAGGGGCAUGCAGCAGCCGGGUAUGGAACCGACCGUGCCUUUCAAUCGACCUUUUGACUUGAAUCUGGAAGAGCCAAGGGGAGAAUUCGAGGAUAGAAAGAUUGGUCUGGUGCCUCCCCUUCUGUCACGGUCUCUGUUGGCAGCACAGGAAAAUGUGCUGGUUGGCAAUGGCCUGGCUGCUCGAUCCGAGGAUGGGGUUCGCCGAAAGGAGGGGGGUGGCUUGGUGGUGGAAAGGAGGGAGGCUGAUUGGCAGUCUUCGAAACCUCUCCUGUCCCUGCCUCCCUCAUCGCUUCUCCAUCCUCCGAUGGAGGGGAAGGAGGGAGAGGGGGAGAGGGAGAGGGCGAGUGCGGGAGGAGUGGGGAAGAAGGAGAAGGGGGUGGAAGGAGAGGGGGUUGGGAAAAGGGACAAGGAGGGGAAGAAGAAAAAAAAGAAGAGGCAUGAGAAGGAUCGAGAGGGGAGAGGGGGGGAGAAAGGGGAGGAGAGAAGGGAGGGUAAGGGAGAGAGUAAGGUUGAAGGGAGGAAGGAAGAGAAGGGGGAGAGCAAGAGGGAAGGGAAGCAUGAAGGGGAGGAGAGGAGGGAGAAGAAGCUGAAGAAGCAUGGGAGAGUGGAGGGAGGGGAGGAGCGGAGGGAAGGUAGAUCGGCAGAGGAGGAAGAAGGCAGGUUGAGAAUUUCUGCGGGAGCAGCAGGAGCAGAAAUAGGAGGAGAAGGAGGGGCAGCAGGCAGAGUUGCUGGUUUGUUAGGCGAGGAUCAGGAGGCACACGAUAUGGAAAAGAAACGAGGGGAGGAGAGAGGGGAGAAGGAGAGAACGGAGAGGGAGAGAGAGAAGGAGAAGGUCAAGCAUAAGACGAAGGACAAGGAGAGGGAGAGGGACAGGGAGAGGGAAAAAGAUAGGGAGAAGGAAAAGGAGAAAGAGAGGGAGAAGGAGAGAGAGAGGCGACUUGUGGAUGUGGAUCGAACUGUGCUUGCUUCUCUGCAGGCAGAGGAGCAAGCUGAGGAGCAGAGAGAGGAGGAGGGGGGCGAGGAGGAGGAGAAGGAGGAGAAGGAAGAGAGAGAUGGGGAGAAGAGGAGAGGAGGCGUUGGGAUUUGGCAAAAUUCAGACAAGAUCCGAUUCGAUUCUCUAGUGAGGAGAGAUAGGCGGGAAUCGAUUGCGGAGGGACGGAUGGAAGAAGAGAGGAGAUUAGGGGCGGGUGAGCAUGGCAAUGGAGACGCUAGGGGUGGAGAGAGGGAGAGGGAGGGUGGAGAGGAGAAGGCUGAGAGAGUGGAGAGGGACAGGAGAAGGAGAGGGAAGGAGCGGGGGGGGCAGGAGGAGCAGGAGGAGCAGCAGGAGGAGCACCAGGGUCUGUACCAAAGAGACGAAGAAGCUCCCGCAUAG